ACUGCCGAGAGGGAGCCAUGGCUGCAGAGAACCCCGUGGAAAGUCUGCAGGAGGAAGCGACAUGUCCCAUCUGUCUGGAGUAUUUUAAGGACCCAGUGAUUACGAACUGUGGGCACAAUUUCUGCCUAGCCUGCAUCAGCCAGUGCUGGGAGGGACCCGACACAGCCACCGCCUGCCCUCAGUGCAGAGAAACUGUGCAACAGAGAAACCUCAGGCCCAACAGGCAGCUGGCAAACAUGGUAGAAAUCGCCAAUCGGCUCAGUUUACAGGCAAAUGAGGCAGCGAAGGGAGCAGGAGGAGAUGGGGUGUGUGGGGAACACCAGGAAGCUCUGAAACUGUUCUGUAAAGAGGAUGAAACUUCGAUCUGUCUGGUUUGCCAUCUGUCCCGGACUCACAGAGCUCACACGGUGGUUCCCAUAGAGGAGGCUGCCCAGGAGUACAAGGAAAAACUUCAGGCCCAUUUGAAGACUCUGAGGGAAGAGAGAGAAAAGCUGCUGGAAUCAAAAGUGACUGGAGGAGGGAAAAGCUGGGAGUAUUUGAUACAGACACAAACCGAGAGGCAGAAGAUUGUGUCUGAAUUUCAGCAACUGCGGCAGUUCCUGGAGGAACAAGAGCGACUCCUGCUGGGCCAGCUGGACAAGUUGGAUGAGGAGAUUGUGUGCAUCCAGAAUGAAAAUGUCAGUAUAUUCUCUGAGGAGAUUUCCCAUCUCAGUGAGCUGAUCAGUGAGCUGGAGGGGAAGUGUCAGAAGCCAGCAAGUGUAUUCCUGCAGGAUGUCAGAAGCACCUUGAGCAGGUGUGAGAAGGGGAAGUUCCAGCAGCCAGAGGAGAUUUCUCCUGAACUGGAAGAGCAGGUCCGUGGUUACUUCCAGAAAACUCUUGCGCUAUUGGAGACUCUGAGGAAGUUCAAAGACACUCUGCCGUCCGAACUGGAGACAAAAAGAGGGGAACCACUCGGAGCACACAGACAGGCGAAUGUGACUCUGGAUCCAGACACGGCUCAGCCUGACCUCAUUCUGUCUGCGGACUGGAAGAGUGUGAGAUGGGAAUACACACGGCAGGAUCUUCCCCACAACCCUGAGAGAUUUGACACUGCUCUCUGUGUGCUGGGCUGUGAGGGAUUCACCUUGGGGAGACAUUGCUGGGAGGUGGAGGUGAGGGGUGGGGAACGCUGGGCUGUGGGGGUGGCCAGAGAGUCUGUGAGGAGGAAGGGGGUGAUCAGCCUCAGCCCUGAAGGGGGGAUCUGGGCUGUGGAGCGGUGGUGGGGUCAGUUCCGGGCUCUCACCUCCCCUGAGACCUCCCUGCCAUGGUACCGGGCCCCCAGCAGGAUCCGGGUUUGUCUGGACUGUGACCAGGGGCAGGUGACAUUUAUCGAUGCUGGUGACGAGGCCCCGAUCUUCACUUUCCCACCGGGCUCCGUCCCUGGGGAGAGAAUCCGCCCCUGGCUCUGGGUGGGGCCAGGAUCCCAGCUCCGCCUGUGUCCCUGAGACACAGGGUGGGGUGUCAGGGUGUGUGUGUGUGUAAUAUCCCACUGGGGGUCCUGAGAUCAGCCUCUCUAGCCUCACAGUCUGUAUGACCCUGGAGGUUGCUUCGGGUCUCAACUCUGUGCAGCCUCAGGACUGUCAAACCAUAGAGAGCAUUCAGUGAGCGAGGCAGAGAAGCCUAUCUCAUUGCCCUAGAAAAAAAUGCUGAUCACGCACUGGGGGGACGACUCCUUUUCCCCCGCUCAUCGGCCGCCCCGCCAAUCAGCUCAUCAGUAUCCCCUCCAGAGCCUCCCACCCACCACCAUCCGCUGUUUCGUGGCAUGCCGAAGGCGAUGGGUGGGGCGGGCCUGGGCAAUGCAUGCCAGGCUAGCCGCCGAGACAGUGCUCUGCAUCCGUGCGCAGCAGCUGCCCGAGAAAGCCUGGCUGGGGAGGUGAUUUCUCCUCCCGACUUGGGCUCAGCUGCCAGAGUUUGGCACCCGAGCCCAGGUAGGGAGCGGAAGCGGCCUUUCCAGCCAGACUCUCUCAGGCAGCUGCCCCAGCAAGAGGGGCUGGUGUUAAAAGGCGUCUUCUUCCUGCUCCUCCCUGGGCUCCUGCCCGCCAGGGACAGCGGCAGAACAUGCCGUGAGGAGGGGCCAAUGCAGCGGGAGGAAAAAGCACACACACACUCCGCAGGUAGCAUGGGGCCGGGAGAGCGCGGUGGCCCCGAGGCUGGGUGCAGGAGCACGAGACCUGCCCUUUAGAUCGUGCCCCCCCCCCCAUUACGGGGAGACAGCAGUUGAACAUGGAGCACCCUGGGGGAGGGGGUGAGAAGGGGUGGAGUGGGGGGUGGGGCAUAGGAUGGAGUGGGGUGAGGGUUUGAGCACCCUCCGGAAAAUCUAGAGGUCGGUGCCUAAGUAGACAAGCCGAUCUCAUCACUGCCCCAGGAAUUGUGCAGCCUGUUUGCCACUGUUCUCUAUGGUCCAGGAGGACUCUGGGGAUCCUGGGUCAGACAGUGACACUGAAACAUGAGGGGGAACAGCCCACUGGGCAUGGAAAAAUGGGUUUCUCUAGCCAAGUUAUCCUAGCCCCUAUGGCCUGGAGGACUCCUGUCUACCCAGCCGUCUGGCCUCUUAGCUCUGUGAGCCCUGGAAGCUCCUCCCCACUCCCUCCCUGCAGCACCAUGGAUGAAGGGAUGGGGGCGGGAAGGGCCAGUGGAACGACAGGAGCAGAGGGGCAGAGGUGGGGGCUGGGGACAGGCAGGUGUGGGGUGGAGGGACACAGAUUUAAUUAAUUGUGGUUUUGGGGAGAAGCUGGCCCCAGAGGGGUUUCCCUGGAGCUAGCUGGAAACACAGGGGCUGAGGGAUUGGCUGGCUGGUGUGCGGGAGGCAGGAAGCCAGGAGAAGCAGUCGUGAGCCUGGUCUCAGCAGGAAACUGAGAGACAGAACUUGCUUCAGGGACAGGGACCCCUGGAAAGGCAGAUGUGCAUUUCUGAGUAAGGAAACUGCCGGCUGCUGUUUGUCUCUACUGUGUUCAGGGCACAGGAAUGUGCGGACAUUGUAAAUAAUAAAGAUGCCACCAAAGAAA